UUCUCUGUCGCGGAGAAUCGCGUCUCCGUUUCGUCGUCCUCCCUUCGCCCACAACAGCGACGCAGCGUAGAAACAGAAGAAGCCCCAGUCGAAAGCUCAAACCCGGAGAGAAGAAAAUUUCAGGGAGGAAAAGGCAAAAAUCAUGUCAAAGCAAAGCAGAUAUGGAAGCGUUCGGUUGCCUCGCGAGCGGAGACCAUGACGCGAGCUCGAAGACGCGUGACUGAUCUCGACGGCCUAUUCGUUUGAAGCCAAACAGACGAUCGCAGCUGUGCAGGUUAUCGACAGAAUAAUCAGAGAGCAGAAUGAGCAGUGAGGAUUUUGACUCGCAGUCGCUGGCCGAGAAGCUGUCUAAGCUCAACAACUCGCAGCAAAGCAUCGAAUCAUUGUCCCAGUGGUGUGUUUCUCACAGGAAGAAGGCCAAACAAAUUGUUGAAACAUGGGAUAAAUUAUUUAAUUCUUCUCAGAAGGAGAAGUGUGUUUCUUUCCUUUAUUUGGCAAAUGACAUUCUGCAAAAUAGUAGGAGAAAGGGUAGUGAAUUCGUGAAUGAGUUUUGGAAAGUUCUACCUGCAGCGCUUAAGCAUGUCUAUGGAAAUGGAGAUGAACAUGGAAAGAAAGUGGUGACCAGACUGGUCGACAUAUGGGAUGAAAGGAAAGUUUUUGGUUCGCGCGGGCAUGGCCUUAAAGACGAGAUGUUAGGAAAAGAUCCUCCGCCUGUGUCUGUGAGCAAUGGAAAGAGUUCGAAUCCCAUUAAAAUUGUGAAGAGGGAUGCUAGCUUAGUACGAGUGAAAUUAGCUGUUGGAGGUCUGCCAGAAAAAAUCCUAACUGCCUAUCAAUCAGUACUCGAUGAGCAUUUUACUGAAGAGGCUGCUUUAGACAAAUACAGUGCUGCAGCAACCCUGGUGGAAAAAUUUGAGGAAGAUGCUGAAAGUAACUCAACUCAAGGAAGCCAGCAAGGUUCUGCAUUGUUAGAUGAUCUACAAGAGCAAGAAAAUAUUAUUAAGCAGUGCAUAAGUCAACUUGAAAAUUCCGAAGCAACGAGAGCUACCUUGAUUUCCCAGCUUAGAGAUGCGCUUCAUGAGCAAGAGUCAAAGUCAGGACAUGUGCAUGCUCAAUUGCAAGGCGCUCGAAUUCGGGUCGAACAGGCAAGCAAUUUGCGGAAAAGACUGAUGGCACCCUCUGUUCUUUCACACCAAGGCCCUGCUAACUCAUUCUUAGAAAGGCCAAGGAUGGAGCAAAGCCUGCCUUCGAUUCAACCGACAAGCAACGCGACUCUGCCUCCUCUCUCCCAACCUGCAAUGCCUUUUACGUCCCUCAAAACCUCCGACGAAGAAAGCAAGAAAGCUGCAGUUGCUGCAAUUGCUGCUAAGCUUUCUUCCUCUACGUCCUCUGCCCAAAUGCUUACCUCAGUACUUUCAUCCCUGGUUGCAGAAGAGGCUGCCUCAAAGAAUGGUGGCUUGAAGUCCACUACAUUUUCCUCAGCUUUGCCCAUCUUUUCCCCAGAUAAAAGGCCCAAACUUGAGAAAAUGCCCGUUUCCAAUUCUGGCAACUCUGAUUUGGGAAACUUGUCCUACUUUAGCCCUUUACAGCAGCAAUCGGGGAGCAACAUGCCACUCGCAACGUCGGUGGGCAUGCAACCUGCAUCACAAUCCAAUCAAAUGCAAGCGGCAUUUGCUUCACCACCUCCCCCGCCGCCUCUGCCUUCCAGUCUAUCUUCUGCAAACCUAUCUGGGAGUCAAUAUGUCCAAUCUGCUGGUAUGAAUAUGAUGGCAGGCCUGAUUCCUUAUGGAUUUGGAGCGACUCUACCUCCACCGCCUCCCUUGCCGCCACAUAUUGGUCUGCAGCCCUUGGCAAGGCCUGCCCUUCAGACACCUCAUCAGUCUCACGUGGAGCAACCGCAGCAGCAUCAGCAACCUGCCGCCGGGGGAUAUUAUCAGCCACCAGGCCUUGGCUUCUUUGGACAAAGCCAUCAACCAGCAACUCCACCAGUACCGAGGCAGUGAAUUCUGCUUAUUUAGACCUGGAGCUUCCUUUUAAGAGCAACUAUUCAUGGAAGUUCAGCGGCAAAGCCGUUCUUUGGAUGGGCGUACUUGAAACUUUCUGUAUGUCUUGAGGUCACAGAGUUUACAGUGUCGUCUUGUAAAUUAGUAGAGGAUUAGCAACUGUUGUAAUGGGAUUAAUUACGACACCCUCCCUCUCUAGGACGUCAGAAUGAGUCAGGAAGAAGUUGCUGCUCCAGUAAGAGAUGAGGAAAGGAGGGGGGUGGGGGUGGUUUCCGGGAGGCGCUUGACCAAAGGAAUGUUCAGAUAUCUGUACUGUAGUUUUAGAUGUUGAAGUAGCUGGACUGUACUUUUACUGAAUGCUUUGACGAUUAGCACUGAAUCAUGCCAAUAAGGUAUACACUCA